GGAAAGUCAGUCAGAUGCCGAGUCCCGCCUCCCGAGGUUGGCGGUAACCUGGCAACACAAGGAGCGCGGAGAUAACUAGAGAAACUUGUGGAGCGGUUGGAGCGGGCUUGCUGGAGGCAGUGAAAGCCGGACACCUCAGACUCAGGACAAAGAGGCUGCUCACAAGAUGGCCCUGGACACCCUCGAGGUGGCCUCUCUGUACCAGAUGCCGGCCAUCCACAGAAUCCAGCUGAAGCCAGAGACAUCACCCAAGCCAGCCCAGCCGCUGAAGCCUUUGGUCCCCUCCAAGUCCAAACUGAACACCAUUGAGGCCAAGAGGAUCGUGUCGGUCCUGGAUGAGGCCAUCCACAGAGUGGAGCUGGUGUCCUUGCUGUCCUACUUGGAGUUUCAACCAGAAGCCCUGGAGGGAAUGUUGCCGGAGGAGCUGGCCAGGGCCAUGAGAGAGCAUGCGGACCUCAGCCAGCUCCUGCUGGAGAGCGCCAGCUCCCUGCAGCAGGAGGAGAGGCAGCUGCACGAGGAGGAAGACGCGGACCACGCCAGGAGCCGCCGGGACCGCCUCCAGUCCAUCGAGCUGCACGUGUCCAACCUGCGGCCACUGGUCCAGCAGAUCCGAGACUCCACCAAGAACAUCCUCAGACUGUUGGUCAACAACCCCCAGGCCUCCGGGCUGCUUCAGGUACAGACAGCGGGCAGAAGCGCAGGGGCGCAGCGCUUCCUGGAUAGCCUGGUGGAGCUGCGGGGCUUCCUGUUCGAAAAGCUGCUCAUUAGCCCCAUGGAGGAGAGGGAGAAGGCCCAGUUCAUACAGGACAUCAGCAGGCGGAACAACCGGAACCAGGAGGUCAUUGAUGCUCUGCAGGGUGAACUGACAGAGAGGGUGAAGAGCCGGGAUGCGGAGGUGGAGAAGGAAAACUUUGUGAUCCACGAACUGAAGAACCACCUGCACCAGGUGCUCAAGUUCUCGGAGAACAGCCUCCUCCGCACCAGGAAGGAGGCUGAGAAGCAGCAGAAGACGGACUUCCGGGUGUCCCAGGCAAGGCAGGCCAAGAUCCAGCAGGAGAUCCAGACACUGCGCUCGCAGUACUACAACCUGGUCAUGGAGAACCGCGAGGUGGAGCAGGCGCUGAGGAAGAAAAAAUACAAAGUGGAGACAGAAAUAGAGAACUGGAUCCAGAAAUAUGACAUGGAGAUGGGGGAGAAGCAGGACGAGUUUGAGGACUUGGAUGACAUCCACAAGGAGGAGAAGCUGCAGCUGGAAGAGCUGAAGCAGAGGCAUGACGUGCUGGUGGAGGAGUUUGCCCAGAUCCGCACUGAGCAUGAGAUCAACUCUAAGAAGCGAGUGGAGGCUGAGCAGGAGUUGGUGCGCAUGGUGCGGGCUGCCACCCUCAUCCAGGCUGUGUGGAAGGGCUACCUGGUCCGCUCCAUGCUCAGGUCCAAGAAGAAGCGGGGCAAGGGCAAGGGCAAGGGCAAGGGCAAGGAUACGGAGAAGGACAAAGAGAAAGAUACAGGGCAGAAAAAAAAGAAGGCAAAAAAGGCCAAGGGUAAGAAAUGAG